UGUUGCUGCUCUUUUCAGUGUUUGUUGAGUUGAUGUACCAUUUCUCACUGACUGUCUUGUUUUCCCUCCAGGAUCUUUCUAAUUUGCUUGCUUCAAGCAGAGCAUGUGCGUUGUCUGUGGGCUACACAAGCUCAGAAAUCAAACCGCAACUCGUAUGUUGGCUUCACGCAGCAGGGCGGUGGAUAUGGUGGAAGCGAUCCCCAGACUGGACUCAGACGGGCCUCUGGUUCUCCCGGCUCCGCCCGGACCAGCGGCCUCUACGCACACGCCGUUGCCAGUAGUUCUAGGCAGAGGUUUCCGACUAGCGGGAACAGACAGAUUAUUUCUCAACCGGCUAAAAGUGUCUAUGAUUCGGUGAAGUUGGUACAGAGCAGCGGGGAGUCUAAACCUAACCGGCCAACGAGUAUGUUGAGACGAGAAAAUGUGCACAAGAUGCCCCAAAGAAGCUUAAGCGCCCCUUCUGCUUCUAUUGCUAGCGGCGGUUCCCUGAGUAAGUACGCCCAAAGACCGACCAGCAAGGCCAGAACGUGGCCAGUCCAGCAGGGUACCCGCAGUACGAGCACCCAGCGGUCCAGCGGUUCUGAAUCUCUUCUGGGUCCAAGAGGAAGCUACUCCUUCACACCCUCCUCUCGUCAGACGGCCGACGCCGGGCUGACGGGUUAUUCUACUUCUAUGAAGUCUUCUCGCUCGUCCAGCCCGGGAGCCGUCCGGACGAAAACCUCAGCUAUCGCCGUCGCUAGACGGGUGUCUUCGCGGCGUGGCUCUGCAGCGUCGACGCCUUCCCGUUUCUCCUCCCUCCAAAAUAAGAGCACGAGAAAUAACCCCGGCCAGACUGGGGCUCGGAGACCGUUCUCGAGCAGAGUGGGUCCCGCCUCCCGGACCUCUGGCCAGGGCGUUGCCCCGAGCACCACCCAUUGGAUCCCUCGGCGCUUUGGAGGCUACGCUAUCAGACGGCUGAGAGGACCUGCUGACCAGAGGGAAGUUAAUGUCGGCAAGCCGCCGCAGCAUCGGACCUACGUGGCCCCGCGGCGCCCGUCUUCGCUGCAGAAGCCGGCCUACGUGGCCCCGUGGUGCCCGUCUCAGCAGCGGGACUACACGCUCCCCUCUGCAUCCAACAAGCAGCAGCUCCAGAGUGAUCAUCCAAAGGGCUCGUGUUAGAGCGUCAGGCUGGGACAUAACGUGUAGUUUCUAAGCUAUCAGUGAGCUGCAGCAGGUCCUGGGAUGAAUGUUUUUUUAAAUAAAAGUUGUUAUAUUUA